GUUUUCGAACAGUUUGUAAUUUUCGUGGUGGUAACUCGAUACCAAAAGUCACGCGGCCCCGACGAAAUUCCUCGACCCGCGGACAAAGUCGAUGCUCGCGUGACCGGUGUGUUCUCCAUCUCCACCAUCCGGCGAAACUUAGGUACAAUUUCGCCGAUACAAGACAAGCGCGAGAACAAUUUCUCGAACACACUACCCGUACUCUAACCCGGCCGCCUGUAGUUUACGCACGCGGUGCUUCUUGAUUACACGAAAACUCGCUUUCGGAUUAGUCUGUCUCGUUCGGACUCGAUUCGGAACGUUCGCCAGCGUGUUUACGACCAGGCUCUUCUAACCUUCUCUAUGAAUGCGCGUGUGUGUAUCUUUACGUGAAACCGUGUUACGCGCGAACUUUGCGCAUCUAUCGUGGCUGUCGAAGGCGCGGAAAGUAAGGUUAACCGUCGAAGGAACGAGCAUCAUCUACAAAACAGGAAGGGGAAAUUCAGUGGGUUUUUGCGGUAUGUUGUUGCCAACGAGCAUCGUUGUUGCGUCGCUAACGAACGAGGACAAUUCUAUUGGCUGACUACCAAUAAGUCCACGACGAACGUCGCCAUAUCUGCGAAUUUACAGGAUCAUUGUUCGUCGGUGCCGGAUCCAAGGUUAUCGUAAACAACCUGCCAGCUCAGAUCAGAAUAGAAGAUAUAGAGGCUCUGUUCUCGAACUGCGGUCAAGUGCAGUCCGUAGAGAAAUUGUCCUCGCGCGAUCCUAAUUUACAAACCGUCCUCAUCAGCUAUGAGACGCAAGAACAAGCACAGCAGGCUGUGAACCAGUUAAAUGGUCACGAGUACGAGGGUAGCCCGCUAAAAGUGGAAAUGUCUACGGUGGAGAACCGACGUAGAGGCCGCAGCCAGCGCAGCGGCGUUGCUUAUUCCGGGGUUUCGGGCUCCGGACGGCAGGCAGACUUCCCGCUCCGUAUUCUUGUACAAUCAGAGAUGGUGGGAGCCAUAAUCGGUCGCCAGGGCUCUACCAUACGUCAGAUCACUCAGAUGACGCGCGCGCGAGUGGAUGUUCACCGUAAGGACAGCCUUGGUGCUGCUGAAAAAGCUAUUACCAUCUACGGUAACCCAGAGAAUUGUACGAAUGCUUGCAAGAAAAUUAUGGAGGUCACGCAGCAGGAGGCUUACGGUUUAAGUAAAGGCGAGAUCUCAUUGAGGAUUCUUGCACACAACAAUUUGAUUGGACGAAUUAUCGGAAAGGGUGGCACCACCAUUAAGAAAAUUAUGCAGGAUACAGAUACGAAGAUCACCGUAAGCAGUAUCAACGACAUCAACAACUUCAAUCUCGAGCGCAUUAUCACGGUCAAAGGCAGCAUCGAUAACAUGAGCAAAGCUGAAUCUAUGAUUUCCAGCAAAUUACGCCAAAGCUAUGAAAAUGACUUGCAAGCAAUGGCACCCCAAAGCUUGAUGUUUCCUGGUUUACAUCCAAUGGCUAUGAUGUCCACUGCUGGUAUGGGAUACAGCUCACGUGGCCCCGGCUUGUAUGGCACCGGACCAGCCCCAUAUCCUUAUCAAACCAGUUUACCUGCGCAGCAAGGUAUUCCAAUAGGAGAUACGCAAGAAACUGCGUUCCUCUACAUCCCGAAUACGAGUGUGGGGGCCAUCAUAGGAAGCAAGGGUUCACACAUUAGAAACAUUAUCAGAUUCUCUGGCGCCAGUGUGAAAAUCGCGCCAAUUGAGCAGGACAAGCCUGUAGAACAACAAAAUGACAGAAAAGUAACUAUCGUCGGAUCACCAGAAUCGCAGUGGAAAGCCCAAUACUUAAUUUUCGAGAAGAUGCGCGAGGAAGGAUUCGUGGGCGGAACCGAGGACGUCCGAUUGACAAUCGAGAUUCUCGUACCAAGUACUCAAGUUGGCCGAAUCAUUGGCAAAGGUGGACAAAACGUAAGAGAAUUGCAACGUGUAACCGGAAGUAUCAUAAAGUUAUCGGAACAACAAUCCACAUCUCCUUCUGCCGAUGAAGAAGCAACCGUCCAAAUAAUUGGCCCUUUCUUCUCUGUUCAGUCGGCACAGAGAAGAAUUCGCGCUAUGGUUCUACAGUCAUCUGGUGCACCUGGAGCAGGUGUUGCAGGCUCACGCGCUGGUCGUGGUAGCAGCCAAGAAGGUGGUUCUCGUACUCGAAGAGAUGGCAGUGCCACGUCCCAACAAGGUGGCACAGCGUCGCAACACUCAGCUCAGCAACAAUCUAGUACUUCGCCUUCUAAUCAACAGCAAUCACAAAAUCAGUAACGUCACUGAAACUUACAUGACGCCGACCAACGCUUCAGAGAAUCCGUUUGAAUCGCCGGGGUGGCCUUCGUCGCUUUGACAUUCUCUCGUAAAAGGCUACGUGCGACCUCCUUCUCGCGGGCUAUGUAUCCUUCGAUGUACAUAAUACGAACGGUACUUCGCGAAAGCUAUCGGUUCAAAAUGUCACGUACAGUAUCCGUACACACGCGCGCGCGCGCUCACACACACACACACACACACACACAUCAUAUAUGCAAUAGAAUCGGAUAAUAUUUAAAAUCAUAUAUAGGUUUGAUUCGGAACGGUAAGAUGUGACAUGAUCGAUGGCUGUUCUUGUCUUGUUUCCUCCCGCAGGCCCCUUUUAUACCGUAGUUCGUCUUGUACGCGAGUUCAUUUGUCGUAAGUACAUUUUGUCGCGAGUCUCCGUGAACGCAAUAAAUAUAGAGCAUUUUAUUUUUUAGACAGAUUUUUGCAACAGAACUAAUGGUAAAUUAUGUUAUUGUUGACCGAUUGCCAUCGAUCGUGACACUCGGCCUACGUCGUGUUCAACAACGAGCCUCUCGUGGCUCAGGAUACACAGCUCUGUGAAGUGAAAGCGAUGCAGAGAGCACCGCGUUGAAUCAGACGGAAGUGUGCACGUUAGCCAACGAAUACGCAUCAUGCGAGACGAAGUGAGACGAAAAAUUUACUUCCUGCCCAUUCGGAGCGGGGAUGAUAAGUUAUAAUCGAUUCGUCCGUCGAAGAGAGAUAUACAGAUUGUUCGCUCACUUCUUCUACGCGUGUUGCAGCACGUUUCGUUGCGAGUUUGCUUAAUUCAGAAGUUGAAGCGACGAGUGGCACUCGAACGAAUCGAUUACGCAACGUUAACGAAACCACCUCGUCGAUGAAAUAGGAUACGAUGAUAAGAAAAAAAGCAUACACAACCUUAUUACCUCAUUCAUUACCGUUAAAGAUUUAAUAUGAUAAUGAAAAGUGAAACGAGAGAAAGGAUAAAAACCAACUAAUCUAAAAAAAGUCUACAUAAUAUUAAAGUUAUAAUAAUAUACAGAGAAGUUAAGUAACGAUUACACAAUUAUGUUAUACAUGUUACUACUACAACUACUAUUAUUACUAGUACUAUUACUACUGCUAUUAACUAUCUACUUACUUCUACUAAGUACUCUAUACAGAAAAGCGGGGUUUUUUUUUUUUUUUUUUUUUUGAAGAAAAGAAAAGAACUACUCUAGGUACAGUUUUUUUUAUAUCACAACGCAGAGAGACAUUAAUUAACGAGACUUAAUUAUCGAAGAUAAUGUGAACGAAACGUGACUCGUUCUACAGUUAGACGUAAGCCGAAAAGUUUUCAUGGCAGAUUCCCUCGUCCCCGCCCCUCUCGCGCCUGUAAUACCAAAGAAGCGAUUACGAGUUUUUGCGUAUUAGUGAAGUGAAAAUGCGUGACAUGCGUAUGGCGCGUUGAACGCUCUACUCGCCUCAAGUUCCUUGCAAGAGUCAAGAAGAGCAGCGGGAGGGGUCACAGACACAACGUAGACGGGUCGCGUCUGCUGAGAAUCGACGAGUGGUUAUUAGCGUCGAAAACAGCAAAUGGAAGGAGAUACCGACGAAAACAACAUCCUUCGUCGUCGAGUCGCUUUUUGCAAAAGUGAUCGGAAAGAAGAAACUGAGUCAACUAUAAAUCAAAGACGCUUGGAAGAAAAGAGAGUAUAAACGAGAGGAUGAAUACCGAGGAAUUGUUCGAUGUUGUACAUGGAACGGACGUUGUUUCGUGCUACGAGAAGGAUGUUCCGCAAAGAGAGGAAGAGAGAAUGAAAAAGCGACCGUUGGUGCGCACGAGAAAGCGAGAAUCGCUUUCGACAAAUGUAAGAAGUUUCAGAGACCGAAAGAAGAGCAAAAUGAUAAGACGAUUGCUUACUAUGAAACUUUUUCAGGGAUUUCUACCUUAUAAAUGAAUGUAAUUAUGUGUGAGUGUGCGUGUGUUGAAUACUACUAUUAAUUGAUAAGUAAUUAAUUACUGGUUAGGCUUAUAUGGCAAAGAUACACAAGGAAAGAUAGAUUAGGAUAAUCGUGAGAAAAGAAUCGUAGAAAGGAGAAAAGUGGGAAAAGUGCCGGAGGUGGAAGAGAGUGAUAUUUGACGAAAGAGAAAAAGCCAUGUAUUUGAUAUCGCUCUUCGCCUCGCGAUGCGAGCGCGGAUAUCGCCAGCGAGUUAUCGAAUAAACAAAGAUCGUACGUCUGCGAAUUUUUAUGAAAUUCCGGCCCUCAACGAUCUUUGUAAAUUCUGUAAUUAUUUCUUUCCUCUAUUUUUCUCUUGUUUUAAUUAUCUGCAUAUAUAUAUAUAUAUUAUAUAUUGUAUAUAUAUAUAUAUAUAUAGUCGUAUCACUAUUAGGAUAGCGAAUACUAUUACGAAUACGUUGAAAGUUUGAUAAACGCGUUAGAAACUCGCAGCGAUAUCGCGUUUCCGGCACGGCGCGUACUAUCGAUCACGAUAAUUCUUACGAUUCUUUCUGUGACAAUUUGUCGUAUAUCAUCGGCGAAAGGAAUAAUAUGAAAUUCGAGAAGAAUUCAAAGAUGGAGUGUUUUUUGACUUUAAAGAGACGAUAGGCGAACGCGAUGGAAAGAUAAGGUUUUCCAUUAACGAAGAAUAUUCGUGACCGAUCGCGCGUAACUCCUAAGUCUUAAGUUUUGAUUUAUGAAAGCAGAAACAGAAAAAAAAAGGCAUGAGUCUAACAAGUUGAGGGAUACGAUGGUUCGCACAUGCAUCGUACGGGCAGGAAACGUUUUCGCUCGAAACGGAAUGAUCGAUCGUGUAAGAGAUUUUAUGGGGAAAACGGAGAUUGGGAGGGAGAGUGAAGAAAGAGGUAGGAAACACGGUGAAAAGGAAGCUAAACGUUUCAGGACUAUUUAAAACGGUGAAGUGAAUUUUGCACUAAUUUAUCGAAAGAGACUUGAGAAACUGUUCGAACGGGCUAGAUCCGUUUCAGUGAUCUAUAAACGUGACAGAGAGUAAAAAAAAAAAAGAAAAAAAAGAAAAAAGAAAAAAAAGGAGAGAAGAUGAAUUAACGGACUGACGAGACGCAUCAUCGCGUGCCACGAGAAGAGCAUUCGCAAGAUCGUUGAAUCUCUCCGCCAUCCAAGUUUCAUUUUUAAUUGUAUUAUAAAGGAACCUUGUCAUCGUUUCAUACGUUUUAACUUCUCCUAUCGAUAAUAGAAAGUUUCGCUACCGGCAGAGAUCGUAAAUUACCCGGCGUUAGCCAGAUUUCCUUGAAAUUUCGUGGCGCGUGAUCGAUGCUCAAUUAGUACGUUGAACCUGGUGGCCGGCAUUCGCGCAUAGCGACGAAGACGAUAAUCCUUUCCGGUUCACGGGAUUGAUCGGAAGACAGGGUCGUCGACCGUCGGUUCACCUCAUGGCAUUUGGAAUGCGUUUAGUACAAAAAUACAGAAGUUUAAGGUAGGUAGGAGGAAAUCCAGUUUUACGAAAGAGAAAACGUGUACGUUGAAUGGAAGGGAAUUGUUAUAUCGCGUGUUAGGAUUUUUGUUUAUCGGCUGAGAAGGCAAACGGAUUACAGAGAAACGAACUUCUGUUGAGUGUGCGUAGCGAUACUACUACUAUCGGCGGAUAAUGGAAAAUUGAACGAUGCAGAAGGUAUGCAGAGGAAAAUAAAGAGACGAACGCGAGCGGUGGAAGCUCGGCGCGCCAAUGCUCUCCGCUCUCUUGCCUUUUUCUUUUUCGCUGCAUCUCGAAGAGCAGGAGUGCCGGAAGGAUUAAAAGCAGAAGGAAGGAAAAUGAGAAAGAAGACACGACGAUGCAGAGAGAUAGAGAUAGAGAGAGAGAGAGAGAGAGAGAGAGAAAAGGAGGGCGAUAUAACGGAAGAAGCGAACUCGAGCGAGGACAGAUGGAAAAGAGUAACGACGCCGGAUUUGAGUGGAAAAGGAAAAAGAGACAAAGCGGAUAGAAAGGGAAGAACUACGUGAUGAGAGAAGCGAGAUAGCGACGUGAAAAAAGCGAAAUGAAUCUAAGAGUAAUAAGUUUAUUUUUGAUACCUUGUUGGGGAGAUCUAAGUGAAUCUUUCUUUUUCAAUUUUUUUGUUAGACGUUUUUAAUAACUUAAUGAAUUUUAACGAUAUUAAUAAAAAUAAAAAAGCGAGGUGCGACGAAGAAAGUCUGAAAUGUUUUUUAAAUAGAGUUAUAAGGAGAUUAUAAGGAGGAAGAUGGUGUAGAAGAAGCGAAGAAGCGAAGCGGAGUGUUUUUCGUAAAAGAAUAUGUAACUUAAAGAUUUAAAAGAAAGAAAGAAAGAAAGAAAAAAAAAAGAAGAAAGAGAGAUGGGAGUAAAAAAGAAUGAAAGAGAUAAGAUUUAAAAGAGCACGGCGCGCAGCUUUUUGCGCUGUGCGCGUCUGUAGCUCAUCAGGGGAGGGGGGGAUAAAGGAAACUUUAGUGGGGUAAAUUGUAUAAUAUAUUUAAUAUAUUUGGAGAGAACGGCGGCGCCAGGUCCGCUCGGCGAGCGAACGUCGUUUCAACGGCGAGCGACAAAGGCGAUCGGGCUCGCAGUUUUAUGCGACGCGAUUUUCGUCGUUGUCGCUUCCUGAAAAUGCUUACUCGCCCGCAGGCCUUCGCUUCCGUGCUUAUUUAUGAAACGUAAAUAUUUAAAGAGACGAGAGUGAUUAACGUUUUGUAAAGUAAGAAUAAAAGAGGAUUAAAACGAAGAAGAAUUAAAAAAAAAAAAAAAAAGAAGAAGAAGAAUAGAAAGAGCGCAAAGAAAAACGAGGAAAGUGCCAAGAGACUAAAAUCAAUAUGAACACAGUAGUAAGAGAAUAACAGACAGACAUCGUUUUAUAGAAUAACCACGAAACCAUAGAUCAAUAAACGAUAAACGUAAAUCCGCCGGAUAGAAAUCCAUAGAACAAAGGGAAGAUGCAACACGCGACAAAACGAAGAUACGCAACGGUUUCAUAAUCAUCGGCAACAACGUCAAAUUAAACGGAAAGAUUCGCUUUACCGACCAAAAAUCAUUUACGCCAAUUCGAGAUCACUUGACGCUCCUUUUUCCUGAAACGAUACACAUCGAGGGAACACGUUCGGAAUUCAUUGAUCUUUUCGGCCGAAACAACGAAUCCAAAUUUUUCACGUAUUUUUCCACGGUCGAUCGCACGCGAAAAACGUGUCAGAAAAAAAAAACGACAGAAACGCAAAAUGUGUAUAGAGAAGCACGACGCUAGUAAGAGUCACUAUCGCUCUUUUCACAGAAUUUCGUUGUUGCGCGGCACGAGAGAAGACUUGGUGGCAACAACGAAAUCCAUCGCCCCUACCCCUUUUCGGAAUAUCUCUUUGUAAAAAAAAAAAAAAAUGAAAAAAAAAUUAAAAAAAAGAAAGAAAGAGAAGUACGAAUACAAAAGAAGAAAAAAAAAAAAGAACAGAAGAGAACAAGAAGGAAAGUUCGUGAUCCGCACAAUCUGCCCCGCACGUGAAUUUUUACACCUUUAACUCGUUCAUCGAUCUUUGAUUCAUUUUUUCGUUGCGCUAAUUUUUGAAAAACGAAAUUUCCACGACAAGACGAAAGAAGAAAGCUACCGUAACGACAACAAAAACGAGAAACUUGAGGAUUCAGUAGCGUAGAAAGUGAAAAAGAGGACAUUGUUUAACUUCGUUGCUCGUCCACAGUACUUGCACUCUGUUUCGACAAAGAAAGAAAGAAAGAAAGAAAGAAAAAAAGAGGGACAAGUAACGAGAAUUCGAGAGAAUUUAUGGUAAUAUACCACGCGAACACGAUAAAUGCAAAAAUCAUAUUACACGCAACAACUUGAUCAAACAUUGAAAAGGAGAAAGCACACCACAACAACAAGCAUCGCGAUAACACGGAGAUGAAAGUUAAUUUUCCGGACGAUUCCUCAGCAUAGCACUUCUCAAACGCCACGUAGGAAGAGAAAGGAAGAAGGGAUAGAGAGAUUUGGAGAGAACGUGACAAAAGCCCGUUCGCGCACGCUCGGGAGAAUGUACAAAUCAAAGUAACAAAACUUAAACACAAAAAAAAAAGAGAAAAAAUGGAAAAAAAAUGAAUAUGAAGAUUGAAUAGAAAUUAUUAAUAUAAAUAGUAAUAACUUAAAGAAAAGAGAAAAGAUUUUUAACGUUAUAAAUUAUUAUGCGCGUGAAUUAAGAGGCGAGGAGUAACUUAAUCUACUAUUGGUUAAGAAUACCAAGAAAACAAAUGUACAAAAUCGAAUUAUUGGUAAAUUUAAAUGUUAGUAUUCUAGAAUAUUUUACCGUGAGAAAUCGCACCUAUCGAUUUAGAAUUGAGGAAAUUUAAAGUAAGCUCGACGCUUAAGCUAAGAUUUUCCAUAUAUCCAGCGAGACAAGAUUAAGAUACAACAACAGGAACGGAAAAGUAAAAACAAGUAAAAGAUCGUAUCAUGCAUCAGGUAACAAGGUAACUUUGUCCGACGAAGAAAACGAGAACAAUUCCUUCGAUCGAAGCGUGAAACGUGCGUAACUUCAACUAUCGUAUGCGAGCCUCGACGAAACGAAGAUAAGAAGCAGGAAAUAAAAAAGAGAAAAAUGAGAAAAUGAAAAAAAAAAAAUAAGGGAAAGAAAAGAGGAAGAAGAAAUAGAAGAAAAGGAGAAAGAUUCUUUCUUUUUGUACGAACGUCCAAUGUCGUCGUCGACCUAUCACCGACGACUCUUCUUAAGCUUUAUCAACUUUUUAUCACUUUCUUCGUAUAGACUAUUUGUACGACAGAACAACCGUCAUUUUGUGUAGUUUUUUAUCGAACAUUUUUUGAAGAAAAAGAAAAAAAAAGAAGAAAAACAGAAGAGUGCUCCUCCACGGGAAACGAACUGCACACGCUGCUGGUGCAGGCGCGGAGAAGCACGCCCAGGCAUAAUAAUAUAACAGUUGCAGACGAAAUACACGAGAUGAAAAUUCGCACGAGAAAACCGGCACGACGAUGGACAAACACGACGAGAACUUUCAGCGAAGCUACGCUUACCGUCGCGGUAUUAGAAAGAGAGUGGACAGCGAAACGGAAAGAGAAAUACACAGAAGCAGCGCACAGAAGAGGCGAAGGACGCGUCUAACGCGUAACAGCUACGCGAUUCGCGAGCAAACUUUCGAUGAAACGGCAGAAGAUACAAAAAACGAAAAGGAGACAAAAAAAAAAAAGAAAAAGAAAAAAGAAAGAGAAUAGAAAGGAGAAAGAAAGAACUCCGAAAGAUACUCGAUGAAAUAGACGAUUCGCCACGUACGACACGGUGGCCGAAAUUUCAAACAAAAUCUUCCAUUUCCGCGCACGUUUUAGAUACAUCAUCGUACAUAGCAACGACGCACAUCAUCUUUCUUACAGUUGGAUCUACCACAUAGUUGAAGGAUCAGCGUAUCCGCUCGACGCCGAACGAGCCGACAAAAAUCGUUCUUAGAAGAUAGAAAGAAGACGCGUACGAACACGCGUACUCUCGACCAAUGAAAUACAAAAGGCAUAGGUUUCCGGCAGCCCAUCCUACCGUUGGGACGAAAAGCUCGAAGAAAUUGAAGAGAAUACGAUUAGAGUCCGCGCUGCACAAUUUUGAACGGAUCAGGUUGCCGAGAUGAAAUUCCCAUCGCGACUAUAUCAUCCCCCACCACUCGUGUAUGAAUAAGAUCCGCGCUGUCGCAAAACGUUCUCGAUCGCAAACGUUCAACAGCGUCACGCUUGACGAUCUUUAAUCGGUCUUCAGACAAUCACAGCUCGAUCCUUCCAGUUUUGCUUUUCAAUGCUUUACCGUCGUCGAUGUCUACGCAACGCAACAUCCAACGUAUAUCGCGCAUUCUCUUCACUCGCUCGUAGACCCCGAGACCAACAACCUUUAAAAGAAGAAAGAAAAAGAAAAUGAAAAUAUCAGCAAAAAGACAGCAAGGGCGUGUACGAUAUAUCCGUGAUUCUCCUUCGCGGGCAUUGCUCGGCUGUCUUCGAUGCAUACCAUUAUUAUACAAACGAGACACAGAACAUACUAUCAGCAGGGUGGUUUACGCCGAUGUCACCUUACAAUAUACAUAUUAUCACGCAUUGCGACGAAGAGGAAGAGGAAAAAUAAGAAGAAGGAAAAAAGAGAAACCGAAGAAUGGAUCGCGAUCGGUUCGAUUCGUCAUCGACUUACACGAUCCUAAUACUAAACACGCAAGAAUAUAAUAUAUUUAUAUAUAUAUUAUAGAAUAUAUAGACGUGCAAACGAUUCGUGCACGCGGUUCGUGUUCCGCGUAGAGAUUUUUACAAUAGUAACGUAUGGGUUAUUAUAGGGCGCUACAUCGGGGAUAGAAAUACGAGAAGAUAAAAUAUGGUAAUAUCGAGAGGCGAUCAUUCGCCCGACUCGUCGUUGCGAACAACCGAUCAACGUUACAACACUUGGUAUUUCUUUAUUGAUAACGAUAAUAAUAAUAGUGAUAAACGAAUAGUAAUAGUGGUAAGGGAUAUAGAGUUUACCGGGGAAACGACUCGAACGGUAAUUCGUUGCGGGUUACCGUUAUCAUCGUUUCACCGUGAAGACGAGAUCGCGCGCGCGUAUAAGAGAGCACAGGGGAAAAUAGAAAGACGAAACCACACACCGACAAACCCUUGUGAGAAAAGGGUGUGGAAGAUUAUUUUGGGCUUUAGUAUUAGUAUUUCGAGGUAGCCGGAGUCAAGUAUGGCAGUUCAGAUUUUCGUAAGAUCGCGAAACAGACCGCCGGUAUGUUGAUGCAAAGAGAUAGAGAAGCAGUGGCACGGGAUAACAGAUUACGGGGGAAAUUUCGUUUGCCCCGGUGGUCGUCGUUCGCGUCGGCGUUUCGUUUGGAGGGCAAAGUUCGCUCGCGGUCCAUCGACUGGAAUCGAUCGACUAUUCUUUUCUUUUUUCUUUUUUUUUUCCUUUUCCUUUUGCCCCUCGAACGAGACGCGGCACGAACGCUUUGGCCGGGAAACGCCGAGAACGCGAGAUGGAAUAAUCAGGGCUGCUGAAUCAUAUAAUUCCGGGUCGAGAAACGGUUGCGAACCGAAUACGCGGCGGUAAACGAAGGCCUUAUUGUAUACAAUUUGGGCAUUGUUGUUAAUGUAACAGGUUCAAGUGAUAUCGGUAAGAGAUAAUAUAUCGGAUAAGGUUUCUUUUUUUUUAAGGCGUGUGGCACGCGCGAAUUGGGCGCGUAAAGAGGGAUGAAAAAAUUUGGUGAGAAAGAAGCGGAGCGAAAGGGAAACUAGAGUGAACGUGCGAGAGAGCGAGAGAGCGAGAGAGCUACUCUUGAUCGGAUGAUGAAAUACGCAGAAACAUAAUUUUUAAGCAGAGAGUUAGGAAGCUGAAUAGAGUGAGAGACAAGUUUAAGAGCGAAGACGCGUCUUUUUUUUUUCAAAGAAGUCUUAAUAUAUUAUCUAUUAUUAAUCCUAUUGUUGCCAAUAAUGGGCAUUAUGAAGAAAACCGCGCGGGUAUGUAACUUAUUCUCUACACUGCAUUUACACUCCCCCGAAUUUCCCCAAGAAAACCUUGUAUGCAUAUAUAGUAAACACACAUUAUACACUAUACACUUGUUGUACAUAGAUAUAUAUUAUAUGUAAAGCUUAAACUUAUUAACGAAACAGAUUUAGUCUAUGUGUAACGGAUAGAAGAGGAAUAUGCAACCCGUGAAAAAUAGCCGUUUCGUCGCGUAUGGGUGAAAAGAGCGAAUGAAGUAUUUUUCUUUUCUUUUCUAUUUUUUUUCUUUCCUUCUUUGAGACGAGCGCCAUCACGAUGCCGCGCUUUUGUUUUUCUUUCAUUUUAAAUAUAAGCGAAAGUGUUUACACAUGGUGCCGCAUGUUAUACGGGUAACGCGUGACCCUGUCACUACCGUUCCACCGUCGUCGCUCUCGUCUCGUACUUCGAUGCAGAAACUUCAACGAUUAAUUAUCCGUGCGCAGGUAGGCGCGCGCCAACUUUCUAACAUCGAUCAUCGUUAUACCGAGAACCGAUCGGGGAUAUUAUAUACAAAUAUAUUAAUAUAUACAUAUGUAAUUAGAGCUUGGUUCGAACGAUGCUCGUCCGAAACCGGAUGAAACAUGCACACACACUGCCCGAUGAAUGCUGUACAUAAGAGAAAGUUAUUUUGCCAGAAACGCGAUGAACAGAAAAUAAGAUAGAAGAACGAGACAGCGUUCCAACGAACAAUACGACACGAUCGAUCGAGACGCAUCGAUCGUGUUUCUCAUAUCGAAGGACCACCCAGGGUUCCUCGAAGAGAUCGAUUCCCCAACGACUGGAUCUCUUUGAUCUGUCUCAUUGAACAACGCCGAUCGGCAAUAAUAUACGUAACGAAGUUACACCAGUUAGUGGUGUCGUCACUGCCAAACGAGACGAGACAGCGGCUCGACGAAACAUACAACUGCAACAUUCUCCUAAACGUUGAAAUAUUCACGCGACACGCUAAAACAAGAACGAUCGCAAAGGACGGGCGAAGGAUAAUAUCGUAUAGUCGUCGGUGUGCCGUCCUUCAUAUCGAUGCUCUCUCCAGCGAACUCGAGCGACGAUCCGAGUAUCGCGUCGAGUCGAAAGAAAGGACGCGAUCGGCCGUCGCUGAUCGAGACGAGAUGAGUAAUACUAAAACCCAAAAUAGCUGUUUCCGGCAGUUGGACCGAUCGAAGGAAGUCGCACUAUAAAGACGGAGAGAAGAGGCACGUUAGAUGAGAAAGAGAGAGAAAGAGAGAGAGAGAGAGAGAGAGAGCGAGAAGAUAAGAAGAGAGGAAGGGAACGAUGUUAACGAGAAGGAAGAGCUUGUUUUUCAUUCAUUCGCUACCUCAUGGAUUAACUACCGUGUAUCUUUUCUAAUUUGGCGGCAAAUAGAGGCACCGCAAAGCGGAGAGAUGGAGGAAAGAAAGCAAGAACGAAGAAAAUACAAAGAUAGGACGCUGCAAAGCGUACAAAGAAAAUAGACUCGUAUAUAUAUAUAUAUAUAUAGUUGUUCGCGUUUUCCACAAUUUUUUUUUUCUCUUUUAUUCUUUUAUUACCGAGCAAUUUUAUCAAGCGAAAUCGUUUCGCGUGCUAGUACGUCGCUGAACGACAACGCGCCGUUAUAGAGUAUAAGUAUCGUUCGCGAGUGUUUUCUUGCGAUUUUUUUUUUUACACCAAUCCUUGGUAUUUCUGGUUCUUCUUUAUCUCCGUUGAUUCGUCUCGCGUUCUUUCGUUCGACGCGACCGUUUACCAUUUACUUCUUUGAUCGCAAGAAAUAUUUAUACACGUUCUUCGUUUUUCCUGUUCGGUUUACACGUUUGUUUCGCACGAUUGCCACGUUCGUGAAUGUUGUUCUGUUAACCCGUUUGCCGAUACAUUUUAUAACUUCUUUUUUAUACAUAUAUAUAUAUAUUUAUAUAGAUAUAUAUAGAUAUUUAACGCAUUUAUAUCUUAUUUUUCCGUUGUUACAAACGAACACGCGCAAACGAACUACACACAAACACGUAACACACAUGCCAAGUCUCGUGCCAAUCGUACGCUGCAGAGAAAUUCCAACAAACUCGAAAGUAGAGAACCGUUCGAUCGCGAGACUCGAAUUGCUUUACCGAUCGAUGCUCACGUACGUCGUCGCACGUAUUCAUUCGUUUAACGAAAGAUCACGGGCAGAAGAAAGGCACCGCGAACGCUUUUCGGUUAGGUCGACAUUCGCGACAAACCGCUAUACACAGGGCUGUACCAUGUGUACGUUCUACGCGUACUGUGUAUAUCGUACGCACCGAAGCACCGAAGCGUCCGAGUCGAAACAGUUUCGUCAGAUUGGUCGACCGAAAAAAAAAAAGUAAAUUCCUUUUUCCUCUUUUCUUCCUUUCACGGGUGUCUUUUUUUUUUGUCUUCUUUCUCUUUUAGAAAAAUCGUUUCGACGUUGGCGCUAGACGUUCGAACGCGUAGAAAAUACGGUUGCGAGUAUGCAGGCGAUCGCGGGACCAUAUUAAUUAAUCAAAUCGACGAGAAGACUAUCAUUCUUAUAUAGCAACGUAGCGAAUGUUUCUAGCACUCGGCGGAACUCGAUCAACGAAAAUCUUCGAUCGAUUGAUAAUUGCUUUAACGACGUUAACGAUCCGCGCGUAAUUACUUUCAACUUGCUCUCGGAACUGUUCGAACUCGGUACUCGGUGCUGGUGCAGCGUCUGUCGAAUCGUGUACGAUGAAACAUCGACUUACCAAAGGACGAUAGAUACACGUAGAAGCGCAAAAGAACAAGCAAAUUCGAUAUCGAAACGGCAAACAGUCGGAGCAGCCCAUUGGCGAGAAAAGAAGAAUGCGCAGAGAAUGAGAGAGUGAGAGGGAGUGAGAGGAACGAUGGAAAAAGGGCGAGAUCAAUCUUUCGACAACGAGAAUAUUAUUCGAGCCUUCUUGCUCGCCACUGCUGGCAAACGAACAUCGAGAAUCAUCGAUCGAUAGAAUUUCGGUAUUUACCAGUAUGCGUUUGCGCGAACUCGUGGCCUAUCGAGCUAAAUCAUCGGGAAAAAGGGGAAGAAUUUACACACUUAUCGACGCGAACCAACUUCAAAAGAUUUUCACGACAAAGAAAAAUUACGAUAGAACGUAUAGUACCUUUCGACGCACAACGAGCCAGGCUCGAUGAACGAACGAUCGAGCGGGAGAAGCUACGCCGGAUCGGCGUGGUCGCCUGCUCGUGAAAGAGAAGCAAAAGGAAUAAAUUUGUUGGGGCACGGGAAAUGGAAGAAAAGCAGAUAGUAAAAUGCAAAAGUGACUCCGGGACGCCGUUUCGACACGGUGCUGCAGAACGUGCUGUUACGUAAUGGGCGAAAAGUAUAGGUGCGCAGGCGGACGACGAUCGAACGAGAAGGGCUGGACGACAAACUGGACAGGCAAUGAUAGAAAAUAGGGCCGAAAAUAACGGAUCAUCAUCACAUUGACAGCAAAGGGAGGAGGACAGCUUUUCGUUUUGUAUACACAUAUAUAUUAUAUACAUAUAUUCUAUAUUGUAGAAUAUAGGGAAAAAGUGGACUGUGUGAAAUUACAAAAAAUAAAAAAGUAAAAAAACAAAGAAUUACGAGAUGGAAAUGGAAGGGGGGAAAACCGGCGCGACCCUCGGCACGACGCCAGGGCGGCUGUACAAAAAUGAAAAAAAAGAAAAAGAAAAAAAAAAGUAAAGAUACUCUACUUCAAUUUACCGAAAUGCAUCAAACGCAAAAGAAAAAGGGAAACGGAUUUUUAACGAUCUACGCAUACUUCAACACACACACGCAUACUAUAUAUACAUACAUUAUAUAUAUAUGGAUAUAUAGCUAUAUAUAAAUAUACGUACAUUAUUAUACGCACGUCUAGGAUGGCAUGUGGGAUCUUUGAACGGAGGAGAAAGCGAGAGAUAGAAGAACGUAGAAAAGGAUCCGACUAGAGACGAUGUGGGCAAGGAAAAGAGAGGAGAGAUAUAUCCAUGCAUUUUUCUGAACGAUGGUUGCAUGCAUAACGAACUAAAUAACCAAAACGGAUAGCUUAAUCCAUAAAUGAAAAUAGAGCGGCAAUACGCGCCGUUUCAUACUUUUUUUUUUUUUUCGUCGCGAAACCGAUCCCAAGGAAGAAGUACGAUCUCUGAAUCGCUGAAUAAUUCGCAGAGGAUUGAAAGAAGGAUGAUCGUUGAGCGGGAAGGGAACAACGCAAAGUAUCGCUGAAUAAUAAGAAACAAGCGGAAAAGAUGUUACUUGGAAGUUAACACGUGCUUGGAAAGAAAAAGAGAGAACGCUAUUUUCUUGACGAAAAAUAAAAUAAUACUGAAGUUGCGCAUUGCCGACGGAGACAACCUCCGCGCAUGCAUCUUUGCACUUGCUAAUUUGGAUGUAAUCAUGUUUUUUUUUUGUUUUAAUAUUUGCGCUACCGCAGGGCUUGUCGAUGUUCGUCACUCUAGUCGCCUCGAUCUGUAUUUUUGAUCGUUGACCGAUAAUGACGUACAGCCAAAGGGUGUGAUAUAAAUCUAGUGAAAAAAAGAGAAGAGAGAAAGGAAAAAACCGAUGGACGAGGCGCGACGAACGCGAGCCCUGCGAUUACGAUAAUUUCACCAUAAUUAAUUCAUUUUUUUGUCUACUUUAGUUUACUUUAAUUGCUACUAUUCUACUAUAAAAAAAAACUUCUACUAUAUAAUCAUUUACCACUAUGGAAUACUUUACUAUCGUUAACUACUACUAUUACUGCUACUAGUAUUGCUGCUGCUGCUAGUACUACUACCGCUACUACUACUACUAUUUCUACUUCUACUAUUUCUACUUCUACUACUACUACUACUACUAUUACUACUACUACUACUAUUACUACUACUACUACUACUACUAUUAUACUACUAUUACUACUACUACGCUAUUACUACUAUCUACGAUUUACUAUUACCGCCUAUAUAUUUUUGCGUCUUGAAUGAUUCGAUGAAUUUUUUUGCUGCUUUCGCGUAAGACCCCAUAAGAGAAAAAGAAAACUCGCUCUUUUUUCUUGAUCCGAGAAGCUCGUUCCGGUAAUGCCUGCCAGGGUGUAUCAAGAUUUCAUAACUAUUUUUCCGUUUACUAGGUUUUUUUUUCCCUUUCAUUUGAAAUGAUCACGUAGUAUCGUCGAGGCACAUGGUGUAUGUUUUUUCUUUAUCACUAUAUGUGUGUGUAUAUAUAUAUACACACACAUACAUGUAUAUAUACGUACAUAUAUAUACAUGUGUGUGUGUGUGUAUAUAUAUAUACAUACACACCUUUAUUUUUUUUCUUUUCUUUUGGUUUCUUUUAAAUUCGAAAACGGAAAGGAAUUAGACAGAUGGGACGUAAAGGGAUUGCUGGUAAAAUUUGAUUUGGCGACGGACGAGAGAUCUAAGAAGGAAGAAAAAACGAGGGAAUGGACUCAUAAGAUAUGGCGUAUAAUAAUAAUCUUAAUGCUAAUAAUAAUAGUAAUAAUAAUAAUAAUGCUAAUUCUAAUGGUAACGAUAAAGAAAAAGCUGAUCGCAAGUACGAAAUUGUUGACGCAGUUGAUAGAGACCCGUGAGCGCGCCGCGUUUGGAGUGAGAGAAACGAUUUGUCGAAGUCGGGAUAAAACGAGAGACAGAGACGGCCUGUUCAAUCGAGAAGAAAUUCGAUAAUUAAAAACGCGGAGAAAAGGAGGAAAAAAGAAGAAAAAAGAAAAGUAAAAUGGAAAUACGAUUGACAGGCGGGCGCGCGUUUUCUCGACCGAUGGGAACAACGCGCGUUUCUUCUUUCUGGUUUUCGAUUAUAAAAUUUUGUUUUUCUCCAUCGUCACGUUUCAGUUCUGAUCCUCGGGAUGAUCCUCCUUUUUUUUUCCUUUUUUUUUGUGAUAUUGUUCUAUGUUUUAUCAUUAUUAUUAUUAUUAUCGUCGCCCUACUAUUUUUUUAAGCUCCUUUUUCCCCGAAUUUCUUUGAUUUUUCUUUUACUUAUUAUGGUCUUUGGUAGAAUCGACAAAUUCUGUUAUUUUCUUUUUAUGGUUUUUUUAUAAAUCAUUGGAAAUCGCGUACUCACUUUCGAACUCACACUCUUACACGCAUACAUACGUAUAUACACGGGCGCGUCCACGCGCCAACACACACACACACACACACACACACACGAAGAUACGUACAAGUGCACGCAUAGGAAACGCGUUAAGAAAAACAUUUUCCGAUUAUUCGAAGGAAACAAAUAAAAUUUAUGGUGUUUUUAGUGGAUAAUAUUUAAAUACUAUAUGGAUAAUCAUUAAGUACAUGAAGCAUAGAGGUUAAAGUACAUAGACAUUAAGGCUGGAAAAAAAAAAUGUAUCUAAGCGAGCUGCUCCCCUCCGGAUGCAAAAUUUCUGCUUCGGUGACAGUCCGACCAUCGUGUGGAAGGAAGAGAAAACAUCGAGAGAACAAAGUCGUGUGUCUUGCUCUUCGAAGGAUCGAGCCAACGAUCGAGGAACGAAGGAAGGGAAAGGAAUGGCGCUUUCGACUUGAAAAGACUCGUAUUCGACCUGAAAAGACAACGAAAUUGAAUAAACGAAAUUCCCGUUCGACCAAGAAGAGGCUGGCGAAAAGCUGAAGAAAAAUGAAAGGGAAGACUAGAGAGUAAGAGGGGGAAGUAGCUGCGUUUCUCGUUUCUUUUCUGGAGGGAGAGCACCCGCUAGCGAGUUUGGUUUAAAAAUUAGUAUGUGAACGUGAGGAAUUGCCCUGUAUCGUUGGAAACGUAAAGAAAGACGAUUCGAAAACCAUAACCGGACUAUAAAUUCGACGAAGUGAACGAAAAACGAACGAAAGAAAGUGGAGAAGAGGGAAAUCACAUUUGGGAAAAAGGGAAAGACGAAGGUAAUAUUUUUUUUUUUUUCAUACGAGCACAGUAACAGUGGGAUUAGCCGUGCGUGUAAACAGAAUAGACGAAAGGAAAGCUGAGAUUCAGUUUUCUUCGCACAGAUCAGAAUUUUCCUAACGAAACCGCGCAUCUUUUUUUCCGAUCGAAUAAAUCGUCAGCAUACACACACUUGCAUACGGUUAGAUGAUAAACAGUGUGCGUUGGAAAACACCAUGUACGCACGUGCAUACGAACACACGCAAAUAGAACCGUCGCGCAUGCCAAUGCAAAUACCGAAAGAAAGAAGAAAAACGGGAAAACGUAUAUACACAGAUGAGAAUAACGAAGAAUAUGAGGAAAGAAGAAGAAGAAGAAGAAGAAGAAGAAAGGAAACAAAGAGACCGAUUCUCUCCGCCUGUAAUAAGCGUCUAAGAGUUUAUUAUCGUACCAGAUUUACCAUAGAAAAGCUAUAUUAUAUAUAUCGGAUACAUAUAUAUAUAUAUAGAUUAUUCUAUAUAUCUACACCGUAAUAACGUCAUAUAUAUUUUGUCAGUUUUUUCUUUGUUUUUUUUUUUCGUAAGCUAUAUAAGAGGGAAUAUUCGCAGAGGGGAAAAAAGAAAAAGAGAUAAAUAGAUAAUACGAGAAAAAGAGAGGGAGAGAGUUUAAGACGUUUUAAAAUAGAGAGGAAAGACGCGAGAAUAAGAGUAGCGUGGAGGAAGCUUGCAAAGAGCGGUGAUAAAACGGGGAUAGAGAUCGCAAAUAAUAAUAGUAUAAUAAUAAUAAUGGAAACCGGAUGGCAUUUAAAGGUACCUAUUAAUUAAAUAACAAUUAUUAUUAAUAAUAGUAAGGUUUAACGCAAAAAGUUCUAACGCAAGAGUGUCCAUGCAACAAGAGUCUUUCUCCGACCUUUUUCUCCGAUACCGUUUCUUUUUUCCAUACUGUCUUUUUUUUUUCUCUUUUCUUUUCUUUCUGUAAAGUUAAACACCGUUAUCGGACGAAUUUGUUAAACGCAGUACUCUUCUUACAUUUGACACGUAUGCCGCAUCUGUGAAAGCGUGACAUUGAUAUACAAAUCAUAAGUGCAAUAGUUGUUACAAUAGAACCCAUGGGAUUUUUAGAAAGGCGUCGCCGUGCCGGCCGAUCUCGUCGGCGUCACAGGGCGUCGAGACACAACGUUCGCCGUCGCUUCCCCUCACCAUAUAUUUAUUACUUUAUCGUCUCGCGAUCCUUCUUCGUUCUCGUGUCCACAACACCUGAUCUCGUCGUCGUUCUUUCCUCCUUUCGUCGUUUCUCUAUCUUUGUUUUCCUUUUCAUUCCUAUCUUGUUCGUCCAUCUAAGCUUACUUCCUCGAGCCGUCUGGAAGGACGCGAGAGACUUGGGCCUUAUGAAACGUUUUUAAACGGAAAGGAAAGCGACGCUGUUGGACGCUCGACGCCCGCGACGGGGGUGGCCGUCGCGCCACGUCUCAACACACUACUACCUCGCAAAUUUCAGAGCUACAAAGCAGAUAUUACCGUACCUCAAUUACACGCAUAUACGAUAGAGAACGCAGAGAAAAAUGAAACUAGCCAGCGACAGGAACAUAGGGAAGGAAGAUAAUGAAACAGAUAAAUACGAGAUAACGAAACGAUCAAUACGAUAAAUGAUGAAGAACAAUCGUAUAUAGGGAAGAAUAUAUAGACGAUAAGCCACGUUUCAGUUGUCGGAUAUAUAUCUCUUUCUUUUAUCUUUUGUGUCUUCCUUUCUUUUUUUUUUUUUGCCAUCUCACAACACCAUUGUGAUGUACACACACGCAUAGGGAAAACCCAGUUAGAGAUUUCUUUCUUCCGAUAAUCAUGCGUGUAAAACGACGAUAUAUAGCUGUUGCAUCGUGUCGUUGACGUUUGAUACGCGCAUGGAGAUUUUGCACGAUCGUAAUCGACGCGAACGAGGAGAGACCGCAGUCACAACGUUACCACGUUGUAAUCACUGAUCUUUGCACGGAGAAUUUCAACCGUGGAUAUUUCAAUUCUUACGUCUCGCAAACAGAUAGCAUCGUAAACAUGUACAGUUGCUCUCUCUCUAUAAAUAUAUAUAUAAUCCUCGUCGAUCGAUUCGAUCGGACGAAUCCCAAGUUCUACGGUCUUUGUUCGAUCUGUUUCGUUUCCUUCGCUCGUUUCGCAUGGGACGUGGACGAGUUCGAAAGCAACAGCACAGAUAGGAAAGAUAUAUAUAUAGAUAUAAUAUUAUACAUAUACUCGAUGGUUAAUAAUAAUAAUAAUAAAAAGAAAAGGAGAAGUAAGUCGCGCGCGAGAGAGUGAGAGAGAGAGAGAGAGAGAGAAAGAAAGAGAGAGAGAGAGAGGAAGAUCGCAAAACAGUAAGGAAUAAUCCAGCAAGAGAAAUGUCCCCAACCCUAUCCACAGACCCCCUCCCCCUUUCUACAAUAGGAAAUAGUUGAACGUGAAAUAGCGAUGAUAAAACAAUUAUGAAAUAGAAUUAUUGUAUUCGCGAGCUCUGUCGAGGCGGAGGGCCUUUCCGUCGAAACAACGCGCGAGACCUCCAUUUUUAUUUUUUCGCGAUUCUCGCCCGUUGCUGCUCGCCGGAGGCUCUCCUUUCUGAAUGUACAUAGUGUGAAGUAGCUAGAGUUUCUCGUUUCUCGACGAUCACCUCCACACGUUCGAACCACGUUUUGCCUCCUAUCGAUACGAAGAUGCCCGAGUCUCGUUGAACGUUACCUGUUUCUCUUCCUACGCCGUCGCCCCCUCCGCCCUUCGCCGUUUUUUAUCAACAAACCGUAGAAAGCCGAAAUAAUCGUACACAGUUAAGAAAUAUAUCCUGAUACAUCGUGCCUCGAGAACCUGCCGAUCGGAUGCGCAAGCCGAACAAAACGGAUCCUAUCGUUCGAUCGUUCGAUGCUCGUCUUUAUUUGUUUAAACGAACGAGACGUAACGAACGUUGUCGGACAUGGUAACGGUAUCCGUUGGGAUAGUUGAUGGAAUCGUUAACUAGCACGCGUCACUGCCAACCUUCGAAAAACCAUCUCGACAGCAAUAAAAAGGUGUCGUCUCGUAUCCGGUAGCCAGCGGGGUUUCUCGUAAUACGACUUCUGCGAAGUAAAGAUAUUAAUAAUUCUAUAAUAUAGAACUGUAAAGACAGGAUUAUUAUUGUAAAUGCGUGAUUAUCGAUUACGGGCGUAGAGGAAGAGAAAACAACGAGAGUCGGAACGUCGAUAGGGAGGCGUGUAGGCUUCGACGGAUUUCUAACUUCUUUUUUUUUUUUUCUCUGUUGUGUCCAUCGUCGGAGCGGAAGAGAUGGACGAGAAACGAGGCACUCUACGGUCGUCAGAGCAAACAACCUGUUAUAUUUCGUCGCGCCGAAUUGCCCGAGAGCGUCCAGAGAACCGCCGAGAACAAGACACAGGGUAGAGAGAGAGAGAGAGAGAGAAUCGCUGAGAAGGUGGAUUUUAGGCGCGCGAAAGUUUGCAGACAAAAGAACGAGAGAGAGAGAGAGAGAGAAAAAGAGAAGAAAACGGUUAUAUGGAUCGAUCGGUUGCUCGGCGACUCGCGGACUCGUCUCGGGCUCGGUGGACGAUGAUUUGUUAUUAUACCGAAAUCUGUUAGUUUUUUGUCCUACAUAUUAGCGUUAAAAUAGAAUGGGAAUAGUAGAAA